UCUUCGAUGGGUUGGCUGACCUAGGGGUUCGUGCUAGAGAAGCGGUGGGGCAAUUGAUGGACACCAUCAGGGACAUGGAUCGAACCAAGCCUUCCGUUCGAGUUCUUGUAUCUAUGAGGCCGGAUUCACUAGAGCCACGACCGCACUUCCGCCAUCUGGAGAUCAACGUUGAGCAACACAACGGGAGUGACCUUAGAGGGUACGUCGACGACACUCUGAAGAAGAUGGACAUACUGCAGGGAUCCGACGAAGAUUCACGACCUAUCAAGGCUGAUUCCGACGAACAAUUUCGACUUUGACCGUGUCAACCCUCUUUUAGAAGCGAUUGUUACUAGGAAAUCUGACGAGGAGAUCUGGACCCGAGUUUAU